CAACUCAGGUUGAAUCUCAAAACUUCAAACUCAAACACAGAAAAAAUAGUUAAAGAAAGAAAGUAGAAACUCCCUCUUCAAUGGCAGGCGACGGAGAUCAACAGCAAUCUCAGGCCGGGAGGCAUCUCGAGGUCGGUCACAAGAGUCUCCUGCAAAGCGAUGCUCUCUACCAGUAUAUUCUGGAGACCAGUGUGUAUCCAAGAGAGCCUGAAUCCAUGAAGGAGCUUAGAGAGUUGACUGCCAAACACCCAUGGAACAUCAUGACUACAUCAGCAGAUGAAGGUCAAUUCCUGAACAUGAUUUUGAAGCUGAUUAAUGCCAAGAACACCAUGGAGAUUGGUGUCUACACAGGCUACUCUCUCUUGGCCACAGCUCUUGCUCUUCCUGAUGAUGGAAAGAUCCUUGCCAUGGAUAUCAACAGAGAGAAUUAUGAAUUGGGUCUACCCAUAAUUGAAAAGGCUGGUGUUGCUCACAAGAUUGAUUUCAGAGAAGGCCCUGCGCUCCCGGUUCUUGACCAGAUGGUUGAAGAUGAGAAGAACCAUGGGGCCUUUGACUUCAUAUUUGUGGACGCUGAUAAGGACAACUAUAUCAACUACCACGAGAGGCUGAUUAAUCUCGUGAAGGUUGGGGGUCUGAUCGGCUACGACAACACCCUAUGGAAUGGAUCUGUGGUGGCACCUCCUGAUGCGCCUUUAAGGAAGUACAUCAGGUACUACAGGGACUUUGUAUUGGAACUCAACAAGGCACUUGCUGCUGACCCUAGGAUUGAGAUCUGCAUGCUUCCUGUUGGUGAUGGAAUCACUCUCUGCCGCCGGAUUAAGUGACCAGGUCAAAGUCAAUCAAUGUGUUACACGUGUAUUGUUUUACAUUUACAUCCCUAAUGUCAUUAUAGUGUAAUUUGAAUUUUUCUGGAGAUAAUGUGGACCUUUUGGUUUUGGGUGGGUCACCCACACCCACCCACCCACCCACCAAAAAGCAAAUAAGUUGUCCUGACCAGUUCUCAUUUGGGUUA